AUGGCCUCGCGAUUCCCUCCAAGGGACCGCUCUCCCCAUAGAUAUGGCGACCGCCGUCCACAUAUACCUUCUGGACCUCGUGGAGGAGACGAUGCGAAUUCCAUUCCGCUUGGACGCGAACCGCCUAGAGGACCAAAGGCUUUGAUCGACUCGUCCAGGGGCGGCCACUUUGCGCCGGUUGGCCCUAGAGGCAGAGGCAUUCCAGGGAGAGAAUACCGGGAUCGUGAUCCUCGUGACUCAAGAGAUGGUCCUCCGUUUAGACGGGAUCUUGAGAGGGACUGGCCGCGCAGGGAUAGGGUCUACGACUCAAGAGAUAGCCGUCCGCUAUUUGGUCGUGGUCGAUCCAGAUCGCCUCCGCCGCUCAGAGAUUUUCGAGAUUCGGUACCCAGGGAUUUAGACAUACCAAGGCUACGACGACCUUCUCGAGAUGGCCCACCUGGUCAGAUGCUCUCGGAUCUUUCGCCACUUCGAGGUGGUUCUUUACGUGGUCGUGGUCGUGGAGACCGCGAUCGGGGGAGAGGUAAGGUGUUCGUAGACGAUCGCGAUUUAUUCCGCAGGAGGAGUCUCUCAAGAGAUGCUUGGAGAGAUCGCGAACCCCGUUUUGAACGUGAGAGAGACCGUGAUCGUGAGCGCGAGCGGGAUAGGGAAAGAGAUAGAGACAGAGAGAGGGAAAGGGAAAGGGAACGGGACCGUGAAAUCGAGAGGCGUGAUCGAUUCGAACGACGAGAAGAUGAUAGACGCCCGGAGAGAGACGAAAGAGAGCGAAACCAGGAACGCCCUGAUAUGUGGAAGAAAGACCGGGUUCCAAGCAGGAUAGACGCAAAGAGCGCAUCGACCACUGCCACCAAGUCGCCUUCCACUAUUUCGACUCCAUCGUCGGCUGCUCCACCAACCGUUCCCAAGGACGAUGUUCCCGAAGUCCCUCAAAAAACUGUUGCAAUUCCGACAACCAUCCCACGGGACCAACCGAAGCCGCCGGAUAAACAGCCUCCGCAGAGACCACGUCAGGACGCCCCUGCAAACAAUCCACUUCCGCAGUUUUCACCUCCGCCUACAGUUCCAGAAGUUCCGGCCUUUGGUGCAUUAGCGACGAGCCCCCGUCAAUCGGCAGCCAAUGCCCCCAAACAGCCCUUACCAACCAACACGACAGAUUCCCGAGGGCGGGCAACAUCUGUCUCAACUCCAGCUACGAUAGCAAAGACCAACAAUGAUAUCUUUGUUUCUAGCUCCAUCCGUCCGCCGACCUGCCCCAGAGCAGAUCGUGUGGACGCCCACCAUGGCUCUGACAUACGUUCGCGCCGAUUGUCCGUUUCAGAUGUACGUGGCAAAACUGAAGUCGCAAUGCGCGCGAGCAGACCCCUUCCGACAUCCCCUAGUAUCCCGCCUGCUUCAUUACCCGAUCACCGUGCCGUUACACCCUCUGCUCCGGACAAAGCCUUCCAGCCGUCAAGCCAAACCGAAGACAGACCGCAUUCAUUGUCACGGCAGAAUUCGGGCCCCAUGUCUCCUCCGACAGGACCUUCCGCCCUCACCUCCCAGGGAUCUGGCCGCGCACCUCUCGACCUUAACACUUCUCCCAUCACUCCUCGACGACAAUCCACCAGCCAGACCUCCCCUCGUAUCCCAUUUUCGAACGUACCCACUGGGCCAAGGGCGCUACAGCGACCCAUUGCCCAAAGAAAUGGCCCAAAGGGAAGCAAUCAAUGGGUUAGACCUGGAUACGUCAGUCGCGGACCAUCAAUCAUCAACUCCAGCUCACCUGCGAAACGGGAGACCUUUAUUGAUGAGAAGGAUAUGAUUUUGUCGGCAUCUAACGAGCCCCGUAACGAGGAUAAACAGCACGACGAGAAACCGGCGUCAACCCCUACUUCGGCGAGUCCUGAAAAAGACCUCGAAAAAGCGGUGGAAGAGGUUAUAAGUAAAGCCAUCGAGUCCCCUAUAAUCUCCCGAGAAGUAGACCCCAAGAGACAAGAAGUGGAAGAGCCCUCUAAGCUAGAGGAAAACAGCAUGUUCCCAUUGCUACUCACGGAGUCUAGUGGUGAAGUAUCGGAUGAGGAGGACGAUUUGGACGAAGAGGACUUUAACCAAGGAGAACAGCGGUUCGAGAAGGAAAUGCAGGCUUUAGCGGCCGACAUGCCACCACCUCCUCUUGAAGAUCCGGUCAUAGUCGGUCUCUUGCUCAAAAUCCAGAUGCUGGGUAUUAUUGCGGAGGGAGCGGUUCCAUCACUCGAUGAGUCGCGUGCCGCAGCAGAGAUUAAAAAGCCGGAUGAGCUUCCAGCAGCUGUUCCAGAUGAAAACAAAGAGGCGGGUGAAAUCGAGCUUCCUGACGCUCCUCCCAUCUUAGUUCCGCCCGUGGAAGCCCCUGUCGCGGAGGCACCUGCGUUGGAGAACCUUCCGUUCCUAAACGACGGGCCUCCAACUCCCUUCUCCGACAUGGAAAGCUACCAAGAAGCCCUCAAGACGCACGAGAGCAUAAAAAACGACCUCCGAGACGAGAUAAUGAAACAACGAAGGGAGAUCGCAAAACAGCAUGCCGAAUUACGGGAGCAGUAUCGCGCGUAUUACAGGCCGUGGAGGCUUGCGGUCGACGCGAUGGAUCGGAAGAAAGUAGCUGAAGAGAAAAAGGCAGCGGCUUCAGGGCCCUCAACGCCUCCUGCUGCUUCCACUUCCGUGGCCAAUCCGAUCCUCGAAGGCCGCAGAGGGUACAGGCUGAACAGUGAAUUGGAUUUCCAGAACGCAUUGAAGGCAUCCACCAUCACCGCUGAAGAAGAAAAUGCACGUCGCAGGGACAAAGAAGCGACAGCAAGACCUGAUCUAGCCCGGGAAGCACCCAUACCUGAUAUGUUUGAUCCAAUACAAAAGAAAGCCUCCGUAUUUCAAGAUACAAACCAGAUCAUCGAUCCGGCCAAGGCAUUUGAAGUCUUCGCGUUUGAUCUUCCCCCAGACGAUUUCACGCCAGAGGAACAUAAGAUCUUCACUGAUACCUUCAUGGCCCAUCCGAAAAAAUGGGGUAGAAUUGCGCAGGCCUUGCCGGGACGUACUUUCCAGCAAUGCAUCAACCACUACUACUUGACGAAGGAAGAAAUGAAAUACAAAGCUAAAUUGAAUAAGAGAUGGGCUCGACGCGGUCGUGGGAGAAGGACCGUCGCCAGGCCUCCCAAGUCCAACGCACUUAUGGCAGAUCUUGGUGUUGUUCGUCCCGUAUAUGAUGGUGAUGAAACUGGAGAAACAACCCCGGCAGUUACUGAUACUGGUCGGCCGAGACGUGCAGCAGCUCCCACAUUUGGCGAGCUCGCUGCUGACACUGAAACCAGUACUCCAACCCCAAGUUCGGGAAAACGAAAUAAUGCGAAAGAAGGGAACGACCAGCCGUCAGAAAAAUCUGCUAGACGUGGCGGAAGAGGCGGAAACCGUGGUGGUCGAAGAGCCAGAGCACAGCAAACUGUAAAUAACACUCCAAUUGCUGCUGCUCUGCCGAAACCUGAGCCUGAGUCGGCCGUGGACAAUGCCACAGAGCCUACUGUAACGAAACCAAAGACUGAGGUGGACAAAGCGGUUGACGCUAUCGCCCCGCGGUCCAAAACUAGAGCUCGCGCAAAGGAACCUAAGGACGUCUCCACGGCAGAAUUAAUGGAAGGAGAGCUGCCACCGAAGCAAGCCGAAGGCGGAUACGGGUCCCAGCAGCCUACAAGCUAUUGGUCUGUACCGGAGCAGCGUGACUUUCCUGAUCUCAUUGCGCAUUUUGGCAGGGAUUUUGAAGGCAUAUCCCAGUUCAUGAAGACAAAAACUCCAACAAUGGUUCGAAAUUAUUUCCAGAGGAGCGUUGACUCUGGGAAAACUGAAUUGGAGGAAUUGGCAUCAAUUGCGGAGGCUAAGAAGCUGAAAGGCGAGCCGACAGGACCUCUUCCAGUUCCAAGUCUUCCUACGAAGCGGCGUUACGACGCUACUCCUUCAUCAGUCGGUCCUCGACCUUUGGCUCCUAAUACGGACACGACCGAGCUGGUUGACAGACCGCUGACAGCCAAAGCCAAACCCCAGGUUGUUCCUUUGGCUGCUGCGCCGCCAGCAAUUCAGCCUCGUCAACCUAUGGAGAAGACACAGUCGCAGCAGACGUUUUAUGCUUCGGUCCAAGCUCGAGGGGCCCAGAUGGUACCUUUAUCCUCCAAUGAGGACUCGCAGCAGCGUGCAGCACGGUCGCAUGUUACACAAAGCCAACGAGCGCAGCAUGGACCUCGAAUGGGUUAUUUCAGCGACACUCGUGUUGAGGUUCGGCCUGCGCCAACGCAAGGAAAUAUUGCAAGUGGCCACCUGCAAGAAAUGGAGUUGAAACGUCAGCCACCCCAACCACAAACUCUUGCUGCGCUUUCAACGCAAGCAGCCAUGGGAGGUCCGCAUGGCCAAAAUAUGGGCAGACCUAACAUCCCGUCUCAUGGACUGGAUCUUCAAGAAUCGGCACGAUACCAGUCGCUGUCGCAAACUCCUCAAUUUUCGCAGGCGUCCUACCUUCAACCCCGCCCAAGCGUGCAGGCUGCCACGACGCCUCAGUCUCACUCUCGACGGCCCAGUAGGAGUGUUUCAUCGACCGCGGCAUCCCCAGUACAGCUUAACAGUAAAACAGAAUUGCAUCCAGGUAUCAUUGCGUCCGGGGACAUGCUGGGCCAUCCCAAAUCUGCCUUACGGCAGCCGACCCAGUUCCUCGAAGUUAAUCGCUCAACCCCAGCUGCCCUGUCUCAGAAGGAACCCUCCGGCCCCGGUUCUCGACCUAGUUCCACACCAGUGCAAGCAAGCUCGGAGCCACCGCGUCAGGUGCCCGCCAAACGUUCAAAUAUCAUGAAUAUCUUGAACGAUGAACCGGAGGAUCCACAGCCUCGGAAACGAUUCGCAGGUAGCGAUUAUACAGGCUCCACUGCGACUCCACGCCCGGCUUCUCCUCGUCAUGCAUAUCCAGGAAGCCAUGGGACGCCUUCCCAUGCAGUCCGCUCAGAGGAUCAGGUAAAUACUGCAAACCAGCAGUACCAGCGGGCACAGUACGUUUCUGGAUCACACCACUCGCAACCGUCACACUCCCUGCAACAACAAUCUCUUUCUCAGAUGAGUUCUGCUCAAUCCUAUUCGGACUUUCCUGGUAGUUUCAAUGGUACACCGGCAGCAGGCUCUCUGAAUCAGGAUUGGAUGGCGAGAUUUGACCCUCGAGGGCAACAGCAAUCUCAGGCAGCCAAUUCAGCCGAUCAGCACCUUUCGCGGUUGACGAGGCAACGGUCCUCAAGCCAUGUAUAUUCAAGUACUGGCCUUCCCCAUUCAAUCCCGAUGUCCUCUCUUCAGUCUGCCCAGUCUCAGGCGAGCCAGCGUCAACCCUUCACACAUCAGCCUUCCCAAUCUGCCUUGCAGAUCCAGAAUCAACAGACCUCUUCUACUCGAGAGUCUCCCCUAACCCAGCAUCUACAACCAUUCUCCCAACCGAAUAGUCCUUCAGUUCAACGCCACAGUAUAUCCUUUGCGUCGAAGCCCCCCCUUGCCAGGCCUACGUCCCCAAUGCCGCCAUCAGGUAGUAUGAAUCAGGCACCACAUCAACCAUCAUCGCGCUUUACCGGCUAUUCUCCAAGCUCUUCUAGUCGUCAAGUCCAAUCUACUUUGGAAAGCCAGUCUCAGCCGAGUCAUCUCUAUCGACAGCAAAACGUUCAGAGUGGAGCUUCCCAGCAAUACACACCGUCGGCGAGACGAGUACCGUCCCUUUCGCCCAGGCACCAACCAUCGCCAUUACCACCAUCUCAGCAUUUACUCGCGCAACAUGAACUUCAAUCCCAACGCCGUCAUCGGCCUUCGUUGAAUCCGGGUCAGCAAAGCGAUUCUCCAUUCAAUCGCAAUCAUGCCCCUUCUUCGCAGAUCCCGAGUCUGAGCCGAACACCCGGUAUUCCACUGGAAAGAUCGUAUACACCUCCAUCGACGCUGUCCCGACAUGGCCCCAGUGCCGAAAGCGGCGGCGGCGGUAAUGGUGCUGGUAGUCAUUUGUUCCCAUCUAGUAGCUUGCUACAUUCUCAAGGGACACUCUCGCAACAAACCCAGCAACAGCAAAGCCUUCAGCAGCCCACUCAUCAAAUAUCUCAACUGCCACCAAGGCAUUCGAACGGAGGACCUGGAUCUGGGCUGGACCAUCAUUUGUAUGAUCGCAGAUAGUGUUGGGAAAUUUGGAAAUCUAAUAACAUUGCACCCUUUGUGGUCACUUCUUUAAAAUUUCAGCUCUUUUCUUUUUGGCGUAAAAUCUAGAUUUCACCUCGGAGGGCUUUAACUGCUUGAUGUAAAUAUUUCACAUCGUUUUUGACCAAUUGGCGUCACGACAUACAUAUAUACCUGAUUUAAUUCACCUCCGUAAUUUUAAUCCUACUUGUAUCCCCUUUUGCCUCUGUUUUGGAGUCAUAAAGUUGUUAAUGAGCUCCUUUUCUAA